GCGGGCCUGAUUGACGGAGAAAUUCCUCGUUGGUGGCAAGAACGCUGGACAUUGAGGCUAAAUUUUAGCUUCAAAUUCAUGGCAUAUUUGCACCAACCAGGGCGGUGGGCCGGCGGUCGACCAUUGCAAGAAAUCGGUUUACUCCGAAGUUGCGGACCCCUGGGCCUCCCCGGAUUUUGUCUGCCCCGCUUUUCCCUUCGCCCACACUUGUGAGUUACCGGUCAGGAGUCAAGGCUAGGCCCGGUCAGCAACAACGGCGUCUCUUGGAUUCUGGAAGAAGACUGGCCUUGGAAAUUGGGGCCAAUGCGACAAUUUGCCGACCCUGUAUAUAUGCGAUGCGGCCUUCCACUUUUCGGACCCUCCUUCCGUUCUUCUGUGCCUUCGACCCCCACCAUCCCGGUAUCCGUUGAUCAGCAGUCGCAAGGGCCCUUUGACGAUACCCACGCUCACAAUGGGUCGACUGUAUACUUUCAACCUUGCCCUGUUCGCGGCGACAGGGUCAUUCUUGUUUGGAUAUGAUAGCGGUGUGAUGACCGAUGUCAUUGCGUCGAAGAAUUUCCUGCGGUAUUUCAACACCACCAAGACCUCUGCGAUUAUCGGGGCGAUCAAUAGCACAUUCUCUGGAGGCGCUGCUAUCGGUGCCCUCCAAGGAGGGUUGACGAUGGAUCGGUUUGGCCGCAAGUUCACGAUCCAGAUGGGCGCUUCGAUCUGUCUCGUUGGGGCGAUCCUUCAGGCUGCCGCGACAAACCUGGCUAUGAUCCUCGUCGGGCGUAUUCUCGCGGGUUGGGCUGUCGGUCUCAUGUCCAUGUCUGUCCCUGUCUAUCAAUCGGAAUGCGCGCAUCCUCGAAACCGCGGUAUGAUUAUCGGUCUCGCCCAGCAGAUGAUUGGAGUCGGUUUCAUUGUCAGCACAUGGAUUGGCUUUGGCUCGUUGCACGCACCCGAGAGCAGUGAAUUCCAAUGGCGAUUCCCAUUGGCGUUCCAGGUCGUUCCUGCAGUGAUCCUGCUCAUUGGACUGUUCUUCCUACCCGAGUCUCCGCGUCACCUGAUCGGAAAGGAGAAAUACGAGGAGGCAAUGAAGGUUUUGCGAAAACUUCAUUAUGACGGCACGAACGAGGACUGGAUUCAACGAGAGUAUGGCGAGAUCAAGUCCACCAUUGACGCAGAAAGGGCCGUGACCGAGCCUGGUUGGCUAGUGAUGUUCAAGGUUCCUCAAUUAUUGACCACGGCUGACCGGUACAGGCACGGUGUUCUCGUCCAGGUAUUCACGCAGAUGACAGGUAUCAACGUUAUCAACUACUACCAGACUAUCAUGUACGAGAAUCUCGGGAUCACCGGCAGCACCAACAUUCUUGUCACCGGUAUCUACAACUGCCUCGGCCCUCUCGCCAAUCUCCUCUUUAUCCUUUUCGUUCUCGACAAAGUCGGACGCCGCCGACCCAUGCUCUUUGGAGCAAUCGGUAUUACAAUCGCGCUGUUCUGCGAGGCGGCCUUGAACUCUCAGAACGAAGACGGGCACCGUAGAGGCUACAGUAUCGGCGGUGUCUUCUUCAUUUUCUGCGUCACCAUCAUCUUCUCCUGGUCCUUUGGGCCUUGCAGUUGGGUCUACAUGGCGGAAGUCAUGCCCAUGCAGAUCCGCGGCCGCGGAAACGCCUUCGCUACCGGCGUCGGCAAUUGGACUGUCAGCACGCUCUGGUCGCAAGUGUCUCCCAUCGCUCUCGGCAAGAUCGGGUGGAAGUUCUAUUUCAUCUUCGCAGGCUGGAAUAUAUGUGUCACACUACCUGUAGUAUACUUUUUCUUCAUCGAGACGAAACAAAAAUCUCUUGAAGAGAUCGAUAUUCUGUUCGGAGGGCGUGCGCUGGGAACCCUGCCGGAGGAUAUCGCGGACAAGGACAACGAGGUCGUGGCUACGACAGAGCACCACGAUAAGAGGGAGGUCUGA